GUUCAAGAUCUCGGACGGCCUUCAUGACAGAGACUCGCGUUAAGUGAUUGAGUGAGCCUUAUCAUCGAUCGUCAUGGCGCGAACGAAGCAAACCGCACGGAAGAUUAUCGGGGGGAAAGCUCCACGAAAACCACUCGGACCCCCGGCAGGUCGCGUGAGCCUUUCCCCGACCGACCUUGGCAAGAAAACCCGUCGUUUCCGGCCAGGUACCGUAGCUCUGCGAGAGAUCCGUCGUUAUCAGAAGUCGACCGAGCUCCUGAUCCUCAAAAUGCCUUUCCAACGUCUCGUUCGUGAAAUCACACAAGAAAUCAAGAGCGACCUCCGCUUCCACCCCGACACUCUGAUGGCUCUUCAAGAGGCUUCGGAAGCGUACAUCGUCAGCCUCUUCGAGGACGUCAACUUGCUCGCCAUUCACGCGAAGCGUGUGACUAUAAUGCCCAGAGACAUUCGAUUGGCGCGUCGAAUCCGAGGAGAAGCCUACUGAGGGAAACGCGCUCCUUCCGCUCGCAUAGGAGUCCUUAGAAGCGGAUCCGCGUCGCGUUAGAGCGGAGACUGUGUAAAUACCUAUAAUGCAUACCCGGCAUAGGACUUGAGCUGAAAGCUCGGAGACGGCAAAGAUUGUGUUUCCAGAACUCCAUCAUAGAGCAUGAGGAAGCUCUUCAUAAGUAGAAGAUUUAGCAGGACUUAGUUGAUAGUUCAGGGUGAUCAGAGACCGUGGGAGACGGGCGUGGAAUUACUCCCUUAUACGCUGCUGAGAAGCGUUCGGCAUUUGUGUACAGUCGGCCCGUGCAACCUCUCUGCAUCUGGGAGGAUGGAAGUUUGGAAUCCAUCAUGAUUCACGAUAUCAUAGUCAUAGUAGCAUCAACGAAUAUAUAUGAGUUAAAUUACGCAAUAAAUAGAAAAAAAAUGGCGGUCUGGUCGGUACCGCCACGGAA